GAGAUGCGAUGCGGCGCUGGAGCUGUGGCGGCGGUGGUGCCUCGUCUCUCGUCUCCUUCGGCCGUUCUUCCCGCGGCUUCGGUCAUGUUGCUGCCUUCCGACGUGGCCCGGCUGGUGUUGGGUUAUUUACAACAAGAAAACCUCACUUCUACCUGCCAGACUUUCAUUUUGGAAAGUUCAAAUUUAAAAGAAUAUGCCGAACACUGUACAGAUGAUGGUUUGAUUCCAGCCUGCUUAUUGUCCUUAUUUGGAAAAAACCUGACAACAAUUUUGAAUGAAUACGUAGCUAUGAAAGCAAAAGAAACAACAAAUGAUGUCCCAGCAAUAAUGUCAUCUUUGUGGAAGAAGUUAGACCACACACUUUCUCAGAUCAGGAGCAUGCAAAAUUCUCCAGGGUUUGCUGCUAAUCAGAGAGCCCGCACAAGAAAUGGAAUCGCUGAGAUCAAACGACAGAGAAGACUUGCGUCUCAAACAGUGCCUAGCAGUUUUGAGUUGCUGCCUUUACCUUGUCUUCCAGAACAGUUUGCUGCUUCUCCAUUAACAGCUGCACAAGUUUUUACUCGGCCAGCUGGGCAGAUUUCAACUCCAUUAAGGUCAAAUUUUGUUGUGGUCAACCAUUCACAGUCUCAGGACACUGUGAACACUGGAGAAACUUUAAAUAUCAUUUCUGGUCCUCAAGAAAAGAAAAAUCAUGCCAGUUUAAUGUCUCCUGGUAGACGCAAAAGUGAAUCACAAAGGAAAGGUAUCACUUUAUCUGGGCCUCAUUCAACAAUAAGAAAUUUCCAGGAUCCAAAUGCUUUCGCAGUUGAAAAACAAAUGGUUAUUGAAAAUGCACGAGAAAAAAUACUCAGCAACAAAUCUCUUCAAGAAAAGCUUGCAGAAAACAUUAAUAAAUUUCUAACCAGUGACAACAAUGUUGCUCAAGUACCUAAGCAAACAGAUAGCAAUCCCACUGAACCAGAAACUUCAAUUGAUGAACUUUUGGGACUUCAGAACGAAAUCCACAUGUCUGAAGAAGUUAUACAAGAUAUAUUAGAGCAGACAGAAUCUGAUCCAGCUUUUCAAGCAUUAUUUGAUCUCUUUGACUAUGGUAAAACAAAGAAUAAUAAAAAUAUUUCACAAGGCCUUUCUGUUCAGCAUAUGGAAACCAGUCCCACUUUAGGCUUAGCAGAUGAAACUAAUGUAGCAGUUAAAGAUUCUUUUAAAUCAGAAGAAUCUGAUUAUCAGUCUGGUGGACCCUCAUUUUGUGCAUCCUUUCAGAAUGAAGAAACUGCAGCAGCUCUGAAUAAUGUCAGCAGCCAUCAUGAGCUUAGACAGGAAGCCCAGGAACAGUUUUCCACCGUAAGCCCUGGCAUCCAGAAGAAGGCCUUUAAAAUUGUGGUUCCUACUGAACAGAAGUGUAAUCUUGAUAUUAACUUUGAAUCUGUGCCUAAUUUGAAUGAUUUUAACCAAAGAGAAAAUUCUGGUCCUGAAUGUAAUCAGCAUUGUGCUGACUUGUACACAAGUGAGAUGUCCACAGAAACAGAAAUAGCUUUGGAGGUUGAGAAGAAUUCUUUGUGCCCAGAUGUACAGAACGAGCCUCAGUUGCAGCCCAAUCAGUCUGAUAUGCCAGUAACUACAUUUGUUUCCCUUGAUGGUGAUACUGACAAUGAAAAUGUAAUUCUGCCUGGGAAAAGCACUCAGCUUUUAUCUCAAAGUACUCCACUCACUGGAAAGUCAUCAAAAAACAUUACAUUUUCUGAAACUUCUAACGAUAGCGGAGGUCUUAAAACUAGUUUACCAGGUUCCAAGUCACCAGAUUCUAAUGAAAUUAACCAGAGUAAACUUGAAGUUAAUGAGGUAUUAACAGUUGGAUCCCAACUAUCAGACUGCCAAGACAGUUCUUUACUUCAACAUAAAGCACUGCUUGAGUCUGCUGAAAGUUCAAAAUUAAAUGUAUCUGAACAGCAAAAGGAACUUCACCCUGGAGAUUCAGUAUCUUUAAAUAAACAACCACCUAAUGAUUCCUCUUCUGCUGAGUUAAAUAAUGCAGAGCUUGAAACUCAACACUCUGAGUCUGAGAAGGGCCUUGCAGAUUCACAGGAGCCUUUAUCGUCUAUAAAAGAAAAUGGAGACAAUAAUUUUAUCUCUUUAGGUGAAAAUGAUAACUGUGAGGAAGUUACAGUAAUGCCUCCGGAAGGUGAUAUAGAAAACAAACGCUCUCUUCGUUCCGAGUCCGUCUGCUCUUCAACUGGUAAUUCCUAUCCUGAGUCGCAAGGCACUAUUGAUAAACCUACUAGCAGCAGUUCAGAUGAGAUAGAUGGAGCCAAUAUUGUUUCUCUCAAAAUUAUUAUCAGUGAUGAUCCAUUUGUUUCCUCUGAUACUGAGCUGAGCAGUGCUGUUUCUAGUAUUAGUGGAGAAAACUUGCCGACUAUCAUUUUGUCCUCUUCCACUAAAUCGUCUGCCCAGAAUGCAGAAUUAGCUAAAGGCCUAUCUUCAAAAGAAAAUACACCUUCAGUGUCCUCAAAAUCCUCGUCUGCUGAAGAAGUAGAGGAUUCAGCCUCUGUGGAACAGAGUGUCUUAGCUGUCAAACCUGAAGACUCUGCCAUAACUAAUACUCAGAACGAAGAUGGUGCAGCUUUUUCAGCUAAGGUUGGAUCGAGUGUGUCGAAGGACACCAGAUUUAUACAGCUGAUGCCAGCUACAACCACGACGUUUGGCAGUUCCAACAACAUUCUGAUAGCUACCUGUGUAACAGACCCGACUGCCUUAGGAGCCACUGUCGCUCAGUCUAAUGUGGUAGUAUUGCCUGGAAACUCAGCACCCAUGCCCACUCAGCCUCCAGCACCUCAGUUACAGACACCACCAAGGUCAAAUGGUGUGUUUGCUCUCGGCCAACCUGUGUCACCCAACUUUUCACAAGGGUCUGCCAUCAUAAUUGCCUCUCCAGUACAGCCUGUACUUCAAGGAAUGGUGGGAAUGAUUCCCGUAUCUGUGGUUGGACAGAAUGGAAAUACCUUUUCUGCUCCUCGGCAGGUUCUUCCUAUGCCUUUGGCAGCACCUAUGUGCAAUAGAAAUAUAGCUCAGCUCCCCAUCCCUCCAAAAUCUCAGAAGACUCAGGGACUAAGAAGCAAGCUGCCUACAGGAAAACAAGUAAAUAAUUUGGUGGAUUCAUCUAGUCAUUUAAUUGGAUGUCAUGCACAGAGAAAUGAAGUUUCAGACAAGAUUAGAGCCACAGAGCUUGGGGAUAAAAAAGAAGACAUUGCCACUCCUAAUUCAGCUGGGAGCAGCCCACAGACUGGCAGAGCCUUUGAAAGCCAUCGGCGGGUGCUCUGCUUUGACAGCAGCACUCCCCAGCCUACUGCCCUGCGGACGGAACAGCAGACAGCCACCCAAAGCAAGGACCAGAGUGACAUCUCCUCUCCGAACCAUGAUUUACAGGCUGGGUCAGCAGCCUUAAAACUCCCAUCCAGUAAUGUUAUCAAGAGAGAGAAACUUCCCGUGCCAAAGAUUUUGUCUAAGUCAGAAACUGCUGGGAGCCGACAUAGUAACAUCAAAGAAACUCAGUCUGAAAAGAAAGCUGCCGCAGUAGAGACUGCACUUGAAUCUUUCCACAAGACAACUGCUAAUAAGGAGAAUGAAUUAUGCACUGAUGUGGAAAGGCAGAAAAAUCCAGAAACGUCAAAACUCUCUAAUGGGCAACAAAAUGGGGGUUUAUGGAAUGAGAAAACUAUAGCUUCCUUGCAAGAAAUAACCAAAAAACAAGGCUCAUCUUCAACUGGUAAAAAUGCUGUUUCAGUUGGUUCAGCCGGGAAAGAUCUUAAACAAGAACACACCAAAUCUUCCAGUUCUUUGACGAACCCACUGACCAAGCAUAGCACCGAAAUGUUCCGUGAUGGUCAGUGGCCCAGCCCAGUAAACAGGGUCCCUGAUAGCAUCGAUUUACCUAUACCCCGGACACCUGGCUCAGCAACCGGAGAAAAGCAUAAAGAAGAACCAACAGACAGAAUCAAGGUUCCCUCCACAAGGCAUUUGGGUGAAGAUAGUGGCACUCCCAAAAUAAUGAUCCCUCCCGUUCCUCAAGACCUUCCUGCCUGCAGCCCUGCCAGUGAGACAGGGAGUGAGAACAGUGUGAACAUGGCUGCCCACACACUGAUGAUCCUUUCCAGGGCAGCCAUCGCCAGGACAGCCUCGACCACGCCACUGAAGGAUAAUACACAGCAAUUCAGAGCAUCUGCCAGGAGCACCACAAAAAAGCGUAAAAUUGAGGAAUUAGAUGACCGUGAACGAAACUCCCGUACUUCUGGUAAAAAUCUUACAAAUUCAUCAAUACCAAUGAAAAAGAAGAAAUUUAAGAAAAAGAAGCUACCCAGUUCAUUUCCAGCUGGAAUGGAUGUGGACAAAUUUUUGCUCUCAUUGCAUUAUGAUGAGUGAACAGAAAAGUUUAUCCCUUACAGUCUGAGUGUGAGGCUGAGAUGCUGACAGAAUCACAGUUUGACCUGCACUUUGAUCGUACUGAAUAUUCACUCUAUAACAAAAUCAUGCUGUUUCUAAAGCAGCUUUCUAGUUUGUAAAUAGAUUUACCAGGUAUAUUUUAUUUUGGAAAAAGACUUGCAGAAAUGUAAGUAAAGCCAAUCUGCAAAACUGUACAUCUCUGACAAUUGCAUAUUGUAAAUACUAUGUAAAUCUUGUUGAAAUAGAGAUUAGGUCAAUCUACUACUAUCCUUACACUGUGUUUUUUUACUCAUGAUUCCUAAUUCUGAGACUUACUCAUUUAAAAUAAUUUCUCAAUUUUGUGAGGAAAAUGCUUUAACUUAUAUAAAUUGCCUUCAGUAACUAUUUGACAAGGCAGUUAAGGAUAUGGCCACUUAAAUAAUACAAAAAUGGUAACUACUUAAACUGGUAGUAAUCAGAAAGGAACAGUAUGGGUUUUUUCCACCCCCUCUUACAAUUGUACUAAAGAUUAUAUUCCUGCAAUUUUAUACUUUAACUGUUUAUUCUGAUCUCUUUGUUUUAAAGAGAGAAUUUUGUAUACCAUUUGAAUGUUCUGAACUUUUGUUUAGAAAUUAUAAAUAAGAUCUUUUACAGAACUUUUAAGUGUUAGACUGUUGAGCCAUAAAAAGAUUGCUUAUACUAUAGUUGAGAUUUCAUGGUUAUGUAUAUACUUUUCCCCUGAAUGCUGGGGAUAUAACGAAUUGCACUAAUUCAUAAGACUUUUUACAUAGUAUGACCAAUGCACAUUUAAUUUAAAUCAUGUAUUCUUUGUUAAAGUUUAUGUGGAGGAUUAUCCUUCUGGUAUCCUUUUAGAAAGCCAUGUCCAUCAUGGCUUGUAAAAAGAAAUCAUAGUUUUAUAACUUAAUUUUCUCCUAAAAUGGACUGUAUUGAAUAACCCAUUUACUUACAUGUAGCACAUUAUCUCUCUACCCCCUUGAAAUGUUAUAUAAAAAUUUACUCACAAAAAGUCCUUAAAGAGAGAGAGGUGCCUUUAUUAAAAUCCAUGAGUCAAGUUUAAGAGAACAGAACUUUUACAAGAACAGAAAUUAGUAUAGCUUUUCCCUCUGUCUGAAAGUAGAACCUUACUUAUUUGGUCGAUUAUUGGGUGGGGGAAGGGUAUCUGGGAUCAUAAUUUUUUUCUCAUAUAUAUAUAUAUAUAUAGGUGGUAAAAGCAAUCCCAAACCCCAAAUGCAUCUUACCAGAAUAUUCUGCUUUCAGAUAUUGUGAGAGGCAUCUAAUUAAUACCUGACCAAUUGUGCCUAGACACUCAAGUAUAUUUUUCGCAGUGUUUUCUGUCUGUUCAAAUAAUAGUUUGUUAAGGUUUUUUCCCCUUCAGUGUACAUACUGUUAAGAAUUGUUUCCCUCAACUUUUUUUUGUAUUAGACCUAUGAAAACUAAAUCCAUCCUAUCUUCAGACAUUUCUCAAUGUGAAAAUCACAUCUUAAUUGGUAGACCUUACUGCAGAAAUUUGUGUUGUAACAAAUUUUUAAGUGAUGAGUCAUAUUUCUAAAGAAAUAGUUAAUGUUUAUUUAAUUCAACUUGAUACUAUACAGUUAGAUUUGAAUAAAUAUUUUCAUCCACUUCAAAA